AUGUUGCGUCCGGAGGAGGAGAAGCAGGAGGAACAGGAGGAGGAGGAGCAGGAGGAACAGGAGGACAAGCAGGAGGAGCAGGAGAAGGAACAGGAGGAGGAGCAGGAGGAGAAGCAGGAGGAGCAGGAGGAGGAACAGGAGGAGGAGCAGGAGGAGGAGCAGGAGGAGAAGCAGGAGGAGCAGGAGAAGAAGCAGGAGGAGGAGCAGGAGGAGGACACUGGGGCCGACAGGACUCAUGACAUCACUCUGGUGGGGUGUGUGGGGUGGGGUUGUGGUGGGGGUGGGGUGUUUGGGGUGGGGUGUGUGGGGGUGGGGUUGUGGGGGUGGGGUGUGUGGGGGUGGGGUGUGUGGGGGUUAGGGUGUGUGGUGUUGGGUGUGUGGGGUGGGGGUUGUGGGUGGGGUUGUUGGGGGGAUGGGGUGUGUGGGGUGGGGUGUGGGUGGGGUGGUUUGUGUGGGGUGGGGUGUGGUGGGGUGGGUGUGGUGGGGUGGGGGGUGGUGGGGUGUGUGGGUGUUUUGUGGGGGUGGGGUUGGUGGGGUGGGUGUGUGGGUUGUUGUUUGUGGGUUGGGUGGUUUUUGGGGUGGGGGUUUGGUGGAGGUGGGGUGUGGGGUGGUGGUGGGUUGGUGUUGUGGGUGUGUUUUUUUUGGGGUGGGUGUUUUGGUGGUGUGGUUUGUGGUUGUGUUUUUGGGGUGGUGUGUUUGUGGUUGUUGGGUAGUUUGGGUGUGGUUUUGUGGUGUUUGGUGAGGGUUGUGGGGUGGUGUGUGUGGUGGGUGGUUUGUGUGUUUGGGUUGGUGGUGGUUGGGGUGUGGUGGGUUUUGUGGGUUGUUUGGUUGUGGGGUGUUGGGGGUGGGUUUUUGUGGUGUGGGGUUUGUGGGGGUGGGGGUGUGUGGUUUGGGGUGUGUGGGUUGUUGUGUUGUGGGGGUGGGGUGUGUGGGGUGGGUGAGUGGGGUGGUUUGUGGGGUGGGUUGUGGGGGUGGGGUGUGUGGGGGUUGGGGUGUGGUGGUUGUGGGUGUGUGGGUGGGGUUUGUGGGGUGGGUGUUGGGGUGGGGUUGUGGUGGUGGGGUGUUGUGGGGGGUGGGUGUGGUGGGGGGGGGUGUUUGGGGGGUGGUGUGUGUGGGGUUGGGGUGUGUGGGGUGGGGUGUGGUGGGGUGGGUGUGUGGGGGGGUGGGGUUUGUGGGGGGGUGGGUGUGGUGGGGGUGGGGUGUGUGGGGGUGGGGUGUUUGGGGUGGGUGUGUGGGGGUGUGUGUUGGGGGUGGGGUGUGGUGGGGUGGGGUUGUGGGGGUGGGGGUGUGUGGGGGUGGUGUGUGGGUUUGUGUGGGGUGGGGGGGGGUUUUUGUGGUUGGUUGUGUGGGGUGUGGUUGGGGGUGGGUUGUGGGGGUUUUGGUUGUGGGGGUUUGGGGGGGGUGGGGGGUGGGUUUUGGGGGGUGUGGGUGUGGGGGGGGUGUGGGUUGGUGUUGAGGGUUGUGGGGGGGUUGUGGUUUGGGGGGUGUGGGGGUGGUGGUAUGUGUGGGGGUGUUGGGGUGUGUGUGGGGGGGUUGUGGGGGGUGGGGGUUGUGGUGUGGGUGUGGGUGGUGGUGGUUUGUGUGUGGUUGUUGGGUUUGUGGGGUGUUGGGUUUGUUGGUGGGGGGGGUGGGGGGUGUAGGGGUGUGGUGGUGGUUUUGGUGUGUGUGUUGGUGGGGGGGGUGGGGGGGGGUGGUUUGGGUGGGUUGGGGGUGGGGGGGGGGUGGGGGUGUGUUGGUGGGGUGGGGGUGUGUGGGUGGGGUGGGGGGGGGGGUUGGGGGGUGGUGGGUGGGUUGGGGUGGGGUGGGGUUGUGGGGGGGGGGGUGGUGGGGGGGGUUUGUGGUGGUGGGGGUGGGGGUGGGGUGGGUGGGGUGGGGUGGGUGUUGGGUGGGGUGGUGUGGGUGGUUUUGGGUUUUGUGGUGUGUGUUGGGUUGUGUGGGGGGUGUGUGGUGGGGUGUGGUUUGUGGGGUUGGUUUGGGUGGUUUGGGUGUGGGGGGGUUGAUGGGGGUUUGGGGUGGGUGUGUGUGGGUGGUGGUUGGGUGUGGGGGGGGGGGUUUGUGGGGUUUGUGGGGUGGGUGGUUGGGUGGGUGGGGGGGUGUGGGUUGGGGUUUUGGUUUUGUUUUAGUAUUUGUUUGUUUGGUGUUUGUUGUGGGGGUUUGGGUGUGGGGGGGGGUGGGUGGGGGGGGGGGUGGGGGUGGGGGGGGUUUGGGGUUUGGGUGUGGGGUUUGGGGGGUGUUUUUUGUUUUCGGUGUGUAGGGUGGUUGGGGGGGUGGGGGGUGGGGGGGGUGUGGUUUGGGGGGGGGUGGGGGGAUGUGGGUGGGGGGGGGGGGGGGUGUGGGUGGUGGUGUUGUGGUGUGUUGUUUGGGGGGUGGUGUGUUGGUGUGUGGGGGUGGUGGGGGGUUUUGUGGGGGGGGGGUGGGUGUUUUUGUGGGGUGUUGGGGUUUUUGUGUGGGUGGUGGUUUUGUGGGGGGGUUGGUGGGGGGGUGGUGGUUUGUUUGUGGUGGGUGGGGUGGGGGGGGGGGGGUGGGGGGGGUGGGGGGGGGGUGGGGGGGGUGGUGGGUUGGGGUUGUUGGUGGUGGGUGGUGGGGUUGUGGGGGGUUGGUGGGGGGGUGGGGGGUGGGGGGGGGUUGGGGGGUUUGUUGGGGUGGGGUGUUUUUGUGGGGUGUGGUGGGGGGGGUUGGUGUGGUGUGGUUGUGUGUGGGGUGAUUGUUGUUUUGUUGUGUUUGGGGGGUGGGUUGGUGGGGUUGGGUGGUGGGGGUGUGUUGGUUGUGUUGGGUGGUGGGGGGUGGGGUGGGGUUGGUGUGGUGGUGUGGGGGGUUGUGGGGUUUGGUUGGGGUGGGGGGGGGGGGGGUGUUUGGGGGUGUGGGUGUUGGGUGGGGUUGGGGGGGGGGGUGUGGGGUUGGGUGGGUGGGUUUUGGUUUUGGUUUGUUGGGGGUGGGGGGGGGGGGGGGUGGUGUGGGGGUUGUUUGGGUGGGUUGUUGGUGGUGGUUUUGUGGGGUGGGGUGGGUUUGUGGGUGGGUUGUGUGUGGGUGGUGGUGUUUGGGGGGGUUGGGUGGGGGUGGGUUUGGGGGGGGUGGGGGGGGGUGGGGGGGGUGGGGGGUUGUAUGGUUUGGGUGUGGGGGGUUGGGGGGGGGGGUGGGGUGGGGGGGGGUUUGGAGGGGGGGGGGUUUGGGGGGUGGGUGGGUGUUGUGGUUUGUUUUUGUGGUUGUGGGGUUUGGUUGUGGUUUGUGUUGGGUUGGUUGUGUGUUGUGGUUGGGGUUGUGGGUGUGUUGGUGGGUUGUGGUGUGGUGUUGGGUUGUGGAUUGGUGUUGGGUUGUGGGUGUUUGUUGGGUUUGUGGGUGUGGUGUUGGGUUUGGUGUGUUUUGGGGUUUGUUUGGUUUUGGUUGUGGGUGUGGUGUUGGGUUUGGGUGUGUGGUGGGGUUGUGGUGUGUGGUUUUGGGGUUGUGGGUGUGGUGUUGGGUGUGGGUGUGUUGAUGGGUUGUGGUGUGGUGUUGGUUGUGGGUUUGGGUUGGGUUUGGUGUGUUGUUUGGGUUGUGGGUGUGGUGUUGGGGGGUUUGUGGUUGUGGGUUUUGGUGUUGUGGUUGUGGUGUUGGUUGUGGUGUGGGUUGGGUUGUGGUGUGUGUUGGGGUUGUGUGUGUGUUGUUGGUGUUGUGGGUUGUGUAUGUGUAUGUGGUUGGUGGGUUGAGUUUGUGUUGUUGGGGUUGUGGUUGUGUUGUUGGGUUGUGUGUGUGUGUUGGGUUGUGGGUGUGGUUUUGGUUGUGGGUGUGGUGUUGGGUUGUGUGUGUGGUUUUGGGGUUGUGGGUUGUGUGUGUGUUUUGGGGGUUGAUGGUGUGGUGUUGUUGGUUGUGUGUUGGUGGUUUGUUGUGUGGUGUGUUUUAGGGUGUGGUUAUGGGUUGUGUGUGGUGUUUUUGGGGGUUGUGGGUUGGUUGGUUGGUUUGUGUGUGUUUGUAUGGGUGGUGGUGUGUGUUUGUGGUAUUGUUUGUGUUUUAGUUGUUGUGUGUUUUGGGUGGAGUGAAGUGUUGUUUGGGGUUGUGGUGAAGGGAAGAGUGUGUGUGUUUGUUGGGAUUGUGUUUGUGGUGUUGGUUGUGUGUUGUUUUGGUUUGUGUGUGGGUUGGGGUAGUGUGGUGUUGUUUGAUGUAGUGUGGUUUGUGUUGGGGUGGGGUUUAGUGGUGUGGGAUUUGGAUUUGUGUUGGUGUUUUGGUUUGUGGUGUUGUGGGGGUUUGGUGGGUGUUGUAUUGGGUGGUUUUGGGGGUUGGGGUGGGGUUAGGUUGGGGGGGUUGGUUGGGGUUGUGGGUUUUUGGUGGGGGGGUGGUUUUUGGGGUUUGAUGUGGAGUGAUAGGUGGGGGUGGGGGGUGUGGGGGUGUUGGGGGGGAUUUGGGUUGGGUUUGGGGGGGGUGGUGGUGGGGGGGUGUAGGGGAGUGAGAUGGAGUUUGGGUGUUGGUUGGUUGGUGUGUGGUGGGUGUGUGUUGGGGUUUGGUGGAUGUUGUAUUUUGGGUGUGGGGGGGUGUGGGGGGGGGGUGUGUUGGUGGGUGGGUGGGGGUUGGGUUGAGGGGUGGGGUUGUGGGUUGGUGUGGUGUGUGGGUUGGGUGGUUUGUUGUGGUGUGUUGGGGUGUGGGGGUGGUUGGGUGGGUGGGGGGUGUGUGUGGUUUGGGGUGGGGUGGUGGUUGUGUUGGUUGGUUGUGUUGAUGGUUUUGUGGGUUUUGUGGUGGGUGGGGGGGGGGGGGUUUGGGGGGGUUGUUUUUUUUGUGUGGGUGGUUUGUGGGUUUGGUGAGUGUGGGUGGGGUUUGGGUGUUGUGUGUGUGGGGUUGGGGUGGGUUGGGUGGGUUGUUGUUUGGGGGGGUUUUGUGGUGUGUGGGGGGGUGGGGUUGGUUGGUGGAGGGGUGUUUGUUUUUGUUGUUGGUUUUUGUUUUGGGGUGGUGGGGGGGUUGUGGUUUGGGUUUUUUUUGGGUGGGGGUUUUUGUGUGGUGGGUGUGUGUUGGGGGUGGUUUGGUUUGGGGGUUGGUGGGGUGUGGGGUGGGUUGUGUUGUUGUAUUUUUUGUUUUUUGGUGGUUUUUUUGUGGGGGUGGGGUGUGGUGGGUUGGAUGAUAGAUUUGUUGUUUGUUGGGGUGGGGUGUUUGGUGUGGUUGGGUGGGUUGGGGGUUGGUUGGGGUUGGGGUUUGUUUGUUGUGUGUGUGGUUGUGUAUAGGGGGUGUGUUGGGGGGUGGUGGGAGUGGUUGGGGGUUGUUUUGUGUGGUUUGGGGGGGGUGAGAGGUUGGGGGUUGUGGGUGUUUUGGGGUGGGGUGGUGGGUGGGGUGUUUGUAGUGGUUUUGGUUGGGGUGGGUUGUGUUGGGGGUGGUGUUGUGGUGUUUUUGUGGUGGGGGGUGUUGUGGUUUUUUUUGUUUUGGUUAAUUUUGUUAUGGGUUGGUGUGGGGUUGUGUUUGGUUGUGUUUGUGGGUGGGUGGUGGGUGUUUUUUGGUGGUUAUGUGUGGUUUGGGUGUUUGUGUUGUAUGGUUGGGUGGGUUUGGGGGUGGUUGUGGGGUGUUUUUGGGUGGUUUGGUUUGGGGGUCUUGUUGUGGGGUGAGGGUUGUGUGGUGGGGGUUGUGGUGGGGGUUUUGGAGUGUUGA